CCGUCUGCCUCGCUCUCGGCAUUCCUCCCUUGAUCACCUGUUGCUGCAGUGCAGCCUGUUCCGUCGAGUUUGCACCAGACUGUCCUCGCGCUGAGCGACUGGCCCGCGACAUCACCCAACAAGCCCCAUACCACCGGCUCUGUCGCUUUCUUGGCCCUCGUUCUCCAACUUGACCCGUUUCCACUGCAGUUCGCACCAGCCACGAAGCAAAAGAAAAUGUCCAGCAAAUCGCCCAAAUGGAGCUCCCGCCUGUUCGAGAGGGACGAGUCUUGCAGCUGCCAUCGUCAGCGACAACCGGCAGAGGCUCAAGGCGACGAUGAUCAGAUCCCCGACGACAAUAAUCAAUGCAGCCUCCCUGACGACAAGCGCUACACUGCAGGAAUCCACUACAAAGCCGGGCUCAAAAUCUCGCGGUCGUCCAGCUCGGUCCUGAUCGACACCACCCUGACAUGGCAAGAGAGGCUCUUCAUCCCGGCCACAGUAACCUCCAUGGAGUCGAAAUACAGUGUCGUCUCACACAUCGCCGAGUUCUGGUGCACACUCACAUCGCCGUUCUUUGCUCUGCCGCUGCUGAUUUACUUGCACGUUCCCUUCAACGACAUCCCGAAUCUGCAACAUGCCUGCAUAGCUGGUGCCUGUCUCUCGGCCUUGGUUUCGCUGCUCUACCAUUGGACACUCUACCGGUUAUGGUCAACAGCCGAUGCCGCCAUUGCUACAAUCACCUUCUAUCUGAAUGUGAUCAGCUUGAACCGACAUUCGCCCAAUCCUCACCCGCUCUGGUUAAGCGAGCUGACAUGGGUAGCGACCUUUGUAUCCAUCGCCGUGCUGUUUGUGCUCAACUGGGAAAAGACACAUCGGAUCAGCGUACAUCUGAUCCUGGUAUGUCUCCCACUAGCACUCUUUGGGUUCUGGUCGAUCGAAAGCUACAUCGGAAUGGUCAGCGGCAUCACUGGCCUACUAUGCUUUAUUCUGGAUCGGAAAGGAAUCGUUGGGACACACGCCAUCUGGCAUAUCCUUGGUGGGAUCAGCUUACUCUGGGGGAUCUGGGAUGCGACUCUGGUGGCGAUUGAGAAGUAGCUGUCGAUGGCGGCGGGUUUCUCGACAGAACCCAAGUCGUAGGACGGCGCGCAUCUCAAUACACGCAAUUUUCUCCACACAUCUGGUUGACGGAUCCAGCCGAUGGAUGUAUUUGCUGGAUCCUGCUGAUGACCCUGCUCGAUCACCGUGCGUAUAUUGCGGGCGAGCAGAGCGAGAGGGUGCGCAGACUUUCGGCCCAGAAGUCCCACCUUGGCUUUCACAGCGCGGCGCCAACUUUGCGGCUGCCGCUCUGACAGAAUCGGUACCGUCCACCGGAAUACCUAGCCCAGGCUCGUCGAGAGACAGCUGCAUGAGCACCCGUUGCGCCGA